GCUUUUCCUACCCAUGUAAAAAUGGAGGUACAUGUGUACCACAACGAUCUCCUUACUGGCCUUAUGGCUACGUGGGUUACAUCUGCAAAUGUCCCGAGACUAGAUACGCGGGGCGGGAUUGUGAAUAUGUAAUCCUGCCAGAUCCUUGCACGUCAUACCCAUGUUUCCAUGGAGGUACAUGUGUCCCACAAAAAGCUUCUUACUGGCCUUAUUAUUACAUGGACUACAACUGCACGUGUCCCUGGGCGAGAUACGGAAAGAGGUGUGAACUUUAUGGUCGGCAAACUACUGGAAAUCCUCCCACUGAGAUGACUACUGCAUACGACCCCUGUUCCCAAAACCCCUGUCAGUAUGGCGGUACAUGUAUACGUACCAACAGUUACUAUUGGCCAUACACUGGCUACAGAUGUAACUGUCCUUACUACCGUACUGGGCAAAAGUGCGAGUACAGCGCUUACGGAUACCAUGAAGCUGACAAAUCAACAAGUCAAUGA